GGGAGAGGAGUGGAGGCAGCCGCGGCGCCCCGCGCAGAUGGAGCUCAGCAGCGGGAGCCGCGACGCCAGGCCCGCCGUUACGCUGGUGGCGGCUGUGCUGCCGGCGGGUGGGAGCGGGGAGCGCCUGGGCGGUGCUACCCCCAAGCAGUUCUGCGCCUUGCAAGGGAGGCCGCUGGUCAGCUACACAGUGCGGGCGAUGGAGAGGAUAAGUUGGAUAUCCAACAUUAUUGUGGUGGUCUCUCCUGAAAAUAUUGAAACAAUGAAGUCUAUUGUUGAAAAAUAUGGCCACAAAAGAGUUACGGUAGUAAAAGGAGGAAAAACUCGUCACCGAUCAAUUUUCAAUGGACUGAAAGUAUUUGCAGAGAAUGAAAUUUCCAACCAUCUGCUCUGGAAACCGGAAGUAGUGAUUAUCCAUGAUGCUGUGAGGCCAUUUGUUGAAGAAGAUAUUCUUUCUAAAGUGGUUAUGGCUGCUAAAGAACAUGGGGCAGCAGGAGCAAUUUGUCCUCUAGUUUCAACUGUUAUUGCCUCUGCUGCAGAUGGCUGUUUGGAUCACUCAUUGGAACGGGCGAGGUACAGAGCGAGUGAAAUGCCUCAGGCUUUCUUGUUUGAUAUAAUCUAUGAAGCAUACCAACUGUGUACAGAGUAUGACCUGGAUUAUGGGACUGAAUGUUUGCAUCUGGCUUUGAAAUACUGUAAAACAAACGCCAGACUUGUUGAAGGAACAGCUGACCUCUGGAAGGUGACCUACAAGCGGGAUCUGUAUGCAGCUGAAUCGAUUAUUAAGGACAAACUAUCACAGCAAGUUUAUGUUAUUACCGGUGUGGAGGAAGCUGCUGCACAAAUUGGUGUUCUCCUUCAUGAAUCUCUGAAAAGCCAACUAAAGGUUGAAGCUAUAUCAAUACCUCAAAGCAAAAGUGAUAGCCAUCUACAAAACAUCUUCUCAGGACAGUGUUACAAUUUUGUUUGCGUAAAUGAUAAAAAGUAUGCUAUUCAAGAAACCCAGCAACUAGUGGAUAUGUUGGAAAAGUCAAAUGUUACUCUCUUAUACCCGCUUGUCCUGAUUUUGGUGCACUUGGAUAUUUCAGAAAACAUUUCUUUCAGCAUUGGGAUGGAAUUACUAACUAGGAUCAAGAAACUUGCAAGGGAAGUAAAAAAGAAAAAUAUUUUGGUUUAUGGUCUCCUUAUCCAACACAAGGACCAUUUGGAGCUUCAGGAGACAGUAAAUUCUGCUGCUGCUCUUAUCAUGGCAUUAAUAAAGGACAGAAACCCAGAGCUGAUUGGCCAGAUGUUGGUUGCAUAAAAGCGUAAAUCAAGUGUAGCUUUGGAAAAUGUUUCUUUUUCAUCAUCAAUUCACCAAAGGUCUUGAACCAUUUUACCCUUUGAAGACCUGCAUUUAUGACAUUUACUAUUAAGAUAUUUUAACAACAUAUUUUUGAUACUUAAAUGCAAAUUUGAUACUAUGUACAAAGUAUAAAAUGAAAUAGGAAUAAUUCUGAGAUACACUGGGUACAUGCUGUGAGGUGUGAUACCGAAAUGUUUUUGGGAAGUACAGAUCAUUUUAGAAAGUGCACAGAGGACACCAAAGCAUUCACGCAGAAUUGUCUUUAACCCCUGUAUGGGUGUCGUGCUCUCGGACUGCAUGAGUUGAGUUUUAUGUAAAAUAAAGCACAGCUCAUCUGCUUUUUAUGAAAUAAUAUAAAAAUCACUGCUAUACCUAUUAGUGAAUGUAGAGUUCAUUAUGCAGUGUAGCCUUCCUGACAGCAACAGAAACACACAUUGCAAGAAGCAUUUGAAGGGUCAGGUCAUCAUCUUCCAUGGAACAAAGGUAAACUCAAGUAGAUUAAACAUGCAUGGCAACAAGGAGGUGCCACACCUCGAUUUUCCAACUGUGAUAUGCUCUGGCUGUAGCACUCCUUAGUGCUCCGCUUCUCCCAGGACUCAUGUGCCAACAUUCAGAACUAGCUCCAGUAGCUUCACUUGAGUACAGUAUUACACAUACUCUUGGUGUUUGCACGUGUGUGUAUGUGUGCAUGCAUGCUUAAAGGAAGAGAAAAAGGUUAAGCGUUAAGAAAAAAGUGUUUUACAACCCAGUCUAUAGGCGAUGGAGAAAUAGGAAAUUCUGUUAGCAUAUCUGCAAGAAUACAAUUUUUAUCUCUUGCUGGUUCAUGUAUUUAUGCAUUAAAUAGCAGUGACGAGAACUGAGUGUUAAAAGUUCAAAUGCAUGCUACAUUGUGUGGAAAAUUGGGACAGGAAGGUAAAAUGGUGAUUGGUUAUUAUGUGGAGUAUCUCCAGGUACCACAACCACUAAGAGCAAUGCAAGAAGAGGAGAGUCUGUGAAAACAUCUGUGAAAGCAUCACACUUUCCUGCAACUUGUGAAGGGGCAGGUUAAUGUCUUACGUCCCUGCCGUGACUGCAAUAACAUCUCAGAGAAGUAUCCCCACCAGAAGUGUCUGGUGAGUCCCUCAUUCUGUUCUGAGCAAGAGUACUGUCUGUUCAGCAAGUUUUCUUCUGAAAUCAGAGUUCCUCCCCAUACUCCCACCAUUUUCCACUCCUGCUGGUGCCUGACAAAAGAGGAUAGCAUGACCGUGCUUGCUACUGUUCCUGUUCCUUUUUCUCUUCACUUGAUUAUCUGUAUCUCUGUUUAAAAUCCUUUUAAAAGCUGAUGUUGAUCCCAAACUUCAUUCCUUCAUUGCACAAUAAAGUAGAGAAUUGUUAGCUAACUAGCCACACAUUUUCUUCCCCACAGAAGUCAUCCUGAGACGACUAAUAAAGGUCUUGAAUAUUGUCUGCUUCUUCUUUGCUUCUGUCCUCCCUACUUUGGUUAAUAAUUUGUCCUUUUCUGACACUGUGCAACAUAAGCAUUCCUAUUAGCUCCUGUGUAUGGCUAUGCAAUAGGCAUAUUUUAUUCAUUUAUAUAUUCAUGUCUAUUCUUAUGCAGAGUAUGCAAAUAAAGGAAGAACUAAAGAAUUUAUUAUUAGUAUUCAUAAUUUAACAGGACAGCUUUCACAAAUAAGUUUUCUGAUUUGCUUUCACAUUAAUAAAUUUGGUGAAGGAAUUAAUCUCACAGGCUUUUAAAAGACGAUGAAAGAUGUCUCUUCGACUGUAUUUUGUGGUUCUGCUUCGCCUGCAGACUGUGGUGUGUUCAUCACACGAUCUGUGCUGUCUUUUCCCCAAAUAAUAAGCAAGUGAAUUUAGAAAAUCCUUCAUGUUUUCCAUCCACUCUAAUUUAUACAUUGUGAUACUGCCUUAGCAUUGGUUUAUGUGUAACAUCAUUUGUUAAACAAGAACCUUUUCCUCUGUUUUGCUUAACUUGUUCUCGUAGAAGGUGAAUUGCUGUAAUGAAAAAUUUUAUUAUGGUUGUUUAUGGACCUGUUUUGAAAAGAGAGCAGAUAAUGCACAAGAAAAAGUGAGUUUCAGGUAAUCAAACAUACUUAGUACUAAUCUUAAAUGGAAGAUAAUAAGCUUUAUUAAUGCACAGUUAAUAAUUGCAUUAUGGAUAUUUUUAUCUUUAACAAUCUUUUACAAUAAUAUACAAACACUGAAAUAUCUGUUUUGCUGGAAGCAAAUACACCAACAACAGAACUAUUAAAACAGAUCAUGAAAUACUAGAACUGCAGUAAAAAAAAAAAAAACCAAAACAAGAAACUGGACUGCGAUUAAUCCUAUUGUGUAUCCAGAGCAAGUUUAACUGAUCUUUUGGAUGAUUGUUAAUACUUACAAUGAGAA